AUGUGCUCGUUUUGCAGCAUCAAAUGUUGCUUCAUUUUCUUCAAUAUGCUUUUCUUGGCAUCUGGGGUCGCUCUCAUCAUUAUCGGAGUGCAGCAACACUCGUCUUUCUUGCUCAUGGGCACUUUUGCAAUGAAUAGCUUGUCUAAAUUCGCUAUAGUCCUCAUUGCAGUUGGUGUCACCAUAACCCUCGUGUCCCUGUUGGGCCUUUUGGGGGCCUUCUUCAAUAAUCAGCCUAUGGUGUCUUGUUUCAUCUGCAUCCUGAUCGUCAUUAUCAUUGUGGAGAUACUCACAGGAGCUGUCUUUUAUGUGUUCGGGAACAAGCUGUUCCUCCUGAAGAUGAAGAUUGUUAUUGACAACAAAACACGAAAGGUGAUCCAUGACUACAGCCCAGAGAAGAGACACGCCAUCGAGAAAGUUCAGGAAAAGUUCCAGUGCUGUGGAGCAGACGGCCCCACUGACUGGUCCAGCAGCGAGGGCUGGGAGAACCACGAUGCCGUGCCAGACUCUUGCUGCGUGGUGAAGAGUCAGGGUUGUGGACAGGACAAGGACAAAGUGCGCGCAAAGGGUUGUAUCAAGGCCAUCCAGAUCUUUCUGAGAAACAACCUGCUGUCCGUCGCUGCUGUCUGCAUCACUCUUGGAAUCGCAGAGGUUCUUGGAGUAGUCGUCGGGGUAUGCCUCUGUCUGAACAUAAAACGGAAAAGCUAUGAAAACAUGAGCUGAUGCGGGAUUUCUCACA